GCGCGCGCGCUCUAUCGCCUCAAUUUCUUAGGAGUCCGAGCCCUUCUCUGAGUGGCUGUGAUACUCACGAACUACGAGUCCAGCGAAUCUCUGCGGCGGGGAGUGAAGGAAUCUAACAGAAGUUCACUUCCACUUCUAAAUUUCAUUGGACCUUCGAGGACGCUUUGUUCAGAAGCAUAUGUCCGGUUCUCCAAUUUGGGGUUUGCUGACCCUGAAUGGUGUAGUGCUUGUUUUUGAUAAAUGUUAAUGGCUUAAGGGGCGGUGAUUUUAUAAUCUUCUAUUCUACCAGCAACCAUUCUUCCUACAUAGAGGUAAUGCAACAUGCAUCAAUCAAAUCCUAUUCCAAGUAAAACUUCUGCCUUCAACAGUGCAGUUUAUCGAGAUCAGCAACUAGAAUUGAGUAGCAGCACCAUGGAUUCAAAUCACUCUGUGAACAGUUCCACUAAUCCCAGCUUGGCUUCAAGGCAACGUUUAAGGUGGACACAUGAGCUUCAUGGGCGUUUUGUGGAUGCAGUGGCACAACUUGGCGGACCAGACAGAGCCACUCCAAAAGGUGUCCUUAAAGUAAUGUCCGUGCCAGGAUUAACCAUAUACCAUGUGAAGAGUCACUUGCAGAAAUAUCGACUGGCAAAAUACAUCCCCGAGUCUUCAACAGAUGGCUCCAAGGCUGAAAAGAAAGAACCUGGUGAGCUGAUUUCUAGCUUGGAUAACUCUUCUGGGUUACAAAUUACUGAAGCACUAAAGUUGCAGAUGGAUGUUCAGAAGCGACUACAUGAACAACUAGAGGUACAAAGGCAGCUGAAGCUGAGGAUAGAUGCCCAGGGAAAGUAUCUGAAGAAAAUCAUUGAGGAGCAGCAACGCCUAACUGGAGUCCUUGCUGAGACACCAAGAAUAAACUCCCCAACACCUUUAUCCUCCACUGAUUUCUAUCCAAACUCAGAGAAAACUGACCCUUCAACCCCUGCAGCAAUCUGUGAUUCUCUACAUAGGGAUGCUUGCAAUCUCUUCAAGGGUAUCCCAUCUGUAGAUUCUGAGAGCUUCAGACAUGACCGGUUAUUCAGGAGGCAAUGCUGCAAUGGUGGAGACAUUGGCGGCAUCGUCGAGGUGAACUUGAAGCUCGGCCACCAUGUAUUUGAACCAAGCUCACCUCCGGAAUUCCAGCAACAAUGCUUCUCCAUGUUCCCUCAUAAUAGAGGUCACUUUGAGUCAUCAGGGACAUCUAUCGACGACGACAAUGAAUGACUGUUUGGGACUGCUUCUAGAAGUGAUUUCUGAUUGCCUGAUCGUUCUACCCAAGAGAUGAUAAUUUUAUAUGGGCUUGGGAAAGGUUUACUAAAGCUUGUAGUUUAUAUUCUAUAUUCUUCAUGCGCAUUUAAUGAUUAAGUGGCUUAAGAUAGAAAUGGCAGUUCAUGAAUGUACAGAUGGGGAAAGGAAAUUCAUUUAGAAGAGGCUAAAGAAGAGUAAUCAUGUGUAAUAUUAUGGUAAUUUACUGAUUUGAACAACUGAUUGGUGUAAAUUACACUAAAAAUUUCACUGGAAGGAAUUCUGUUUCUGAUUACUCUAAUGGUUUAUGUAAUGACCCCUGCUUUCCUUAUAACAUUUUAUUUUAUGAAUAGUUAAA